AUUACAGUAAACACGGGCAGCAGUUGCGCAAAAGUAUGGAAGAGGUGAACAUCAUUCCGGACCAAGGGUCCUGCAAGGGGCUCCAAUAGAUCGGGCAUAUCAAGGUUUGCUCAUCAUAUUUGACUUCUCUGUUGUGCCAAGCCCCCCUUGGUACGGAUUGUUUUGAACGACUCGUUUAUGAGCUAACCGACCCGUAAGGGAUAAUAACUCACCCCAUGGCGACGAAAUCCCCCCGAAUGGCUCCGUUCGAUUUCAAAAUUUAUCUCCGGCCCGUGCCGGUGCCUCGUUCUCAUCGAGGCUCAUCCUGUAUCACCGUUCUUGUUGAGAAGGCAGUUCUUGACAAGAAUAUUCCUACCUUGGAGUGACCUGUCGGACAUACGAGAAUCGUGACCCCCGAGACCACGAGUCUUGAGAAAGAUGACGAACAACAUGCAACGGCACGAGUUUGACCUUCCCAGUGAGCUUCCCGCAGAAGACAUCAAUGAACUAUAUCACAGCCAUGGAUCGACUUCAACAACAACGCAGGUCGACGUUGAAGCUGACAAGGACGAGCUUGUCAGCGGGCGACAACAUCCUCUCGAGGCAGGGCAAGAAGGAAGCAGCAACACGAGCGAUUCAGUGGAGAAGAUAGGCGCUGCCGCGGCCACGACGCAGCUGGCACAAGGGCCCAAGGGAGCUCCAGAUGGUGGGAUGGAGGCCUGGCUCACUGUUCUGGGUGGCUUCUGCGCUAUGUUCGUCAGCUUCGGCUGGGUCAACUGCAUGGGCAUUUUCAUCGAUUAUUACAAGACACACCAGUUGCAGGACGAGUCCACCAGCACUGUGACAUGGGUCACGUCUCUGAUGACCUUCAUGAUGUUUUUCGGGGGCCCCUUCGUCGGGAUCCUCUUCGACAACUUCGGACCCCGAUACAUCGUGCUCGCCGGCACCUUCUUCCACGUGUUCGGACUCAUGAUGAUCUCCAUCUCCACGGAGUACUACCAGUUCCUGCUCGCCCAGGGCCUGUGCAGCCCGAUCGGCACCAGCGCGCUCUUCCACUGCAGCAUCAACUCCAUCAGCACCUGGUUCGGGCGGCGGCGCGCGCUCGCGCUCGGCAUCGCCACCAGCGGCGCCAGCCUGGGGGGCGUCAUCCUCCCGAUCAUGCUCACCCGGCUCUUCGACCAGCUCGACUUCGGCUGGGCGGUGCGCAUCUGCGCCUUCCUGAUCCUGUUCUGCCUGGUCAUCGCCAACUGCACCCUGAAGUCGCGGCUCCAGCACCGCCGCAAGCCGUUCCACUUCCUCGACUUCGUGCGGCCCCUCCGCGAGGUCCCCUUCCUGCUCACCACCGCCGGCACCUUCUGCUUCUUCUGGGGCAUGUUCCUCCCCUUCAGCUUCAUCCCCAGCCAGGCGCAGAAGAACGGCAUGUCGGCCUCGCUGGCAUCAUACCUGAUCCCCAUUAUGAAUGCCGCUAGCACCCCAGGCCGCAUCAUCCCGCCCUACCUAGCGGACCUGUUCGGCCGCUUCAACCUGAUGAUCCUCAUGACGUUCCUGUCCGUCGUCCUCGUGCUGGGCCUCUGGCUCCCCACGCACGGCAAUGUCCCCUCCAUCUGCUUCAGCGCCCUGUACGGCUUCAGCUCGGGCACCGCCGUCUCCCUGGCCCCCGCGCUCGUCGCCCAGAUCUCCGAGAUCCGCGAGAUCGGCGUCCGCAGCGGCACGUACUUCUUCCUCGUCAGCUUCGCCGCCCUGACCGGCACCCCGAUCGCGGGAGCCCUGCUCCCGGACCCCUUGCACGGGUCGUAUCUCAAGCUGAAUGUCUUCUGUGCGGUGGUGAUGUUCUCCGGGGUGGUGUUUUAUUGUUUGGCCAAGUUGUGGAUUAGUGAGGGGAGGGUGGUGAGGAAGGUUUAAUUUUUUGGGGGCAGG